AUGGACUCGGAAGGUGACGGUACUGGGAAUGACCGCAAGGCAUUCAAAGAAGGAGCAGCUGUCCGUGUACGUGACGAAGACGGAGACUUACUGGACGCCACAAUAGUUCGCCAGCACCGGAAUGGGAACUACAUUGUGAAAUACGAUGAAACGGGGAAAAUAGAGAAGACCGUCUUAAAAGAACGCAUCCAGUCGAUUGAUGAAGAGAAGGUGCUCGAAGUUGAUUCAGUAGUACAGUACAAGAACGAGAAGGGCGAUUGGUGUGACGGGCGAAUCCGCAGAGCUCGUAGCAAUGGCAGAUAUGAUAUCGCGCUUGAAGGGGAUGAAGACGAGGUGGUGAAGAAUGUGGAGCGACGAGGUAUCCGACGCAGCAAGUCAGCUAGCAAGAAGAAGAAGACUAGUGAAGAGGACAGCGAGGACGCAGAUGAGAAGCGUGUAAUGAGACAACGAAGAGCUCGAGCCAGAGGCAGCAGAAGCAAACGCGAACUGGUCACAAGCGAAGAUGAAAUGAAUCAGCUGGUCGAGUUCGAAGACAAGAGCGGGCGGAUUCGUCGUGGACGGAUCCGAAUACUCAAUCGGGACCAACAACUGUGCGACGUGGAGCAUGAAAGUGACGCGGGUAAAGUAUCAAAGCGCAUUCCUCUCGACGUUGUCCGACCCACUACAGCGUUUGGUCGCUUCUUCAGCGGCACGAACCGGAACUACGUGCCAUUCCAGCUGAACUCGCACGUGUAUUAUCGCUCAAAAGACGGCAUGGAGCGUAAAGGGAUUGUACUCAAAGUAUCGAAGACCAGUGGUAAAACACUGUACGAUGUGGAAGAUCUACUCGAUGGAGCCAUGAUCAAGCAGCUCUCGGUGGGGAAGUUACGAGCAGUACCGUGGCUUGAUUACUCGCUUCCUAACUGGAAUGGGAUGCCAGACUUACCGAGCAUUACAUUAUUUUCUGCCCCCAUUCUUCGAAGAGGGAUGAGAGUUCGAUUUCGAAAAGAUGAUAAGGACACAGGACGUGUGGUGUGGAGAGAUGCUGUCAUCAUGAAGGCUAAGCCGAAUGCGUGUUGCAUCGUGGAAUACUUUGGACCGAACGGUGACAGUAAGCGAGAAGAAGUCAAGAACGUCGACAUCCAAGCUCGAUUCUUUCGUAUGCCGUUUAGCGGGAUGAUGGACGGGGUGCUGGAUGGGUUAACCCUUCCGUCUAUCCAACUACCUGCUGGUUUGUUUAAAGCAGGGAGCGCAGUGGAAGUGUCGAAUGGAGCCAAGGUGUUCCUAGGGACAGUCGUCAGCUCCAACGAGAUGGACAAGACGUACACGAUCCGAUACGAAGACGGUCGCAAAGAGAAGAACGUACCGAGUGAUCGCGUUCGCUUGUCUCUUCGUCGUCUAAGGAUAGGCACCGAAGUGGAAAUGAUCGUCGAAGGUCCGUGUAAGGAGGUGUCCAAGCUGGACGGAGAGGUGGCGUGGAUCCAUCGAGACGAGAAGGUGGCGGUUCGUAUCAAUGGAGGCAACAAUGACGUUUUCGCUGAGGUUUGUACUCACGCACUGAUGGUCGAUGGGAAACCAGCAUUCACAGCCCCAUUAAGUAGUACUUGGCUCGAACUCACGGGCUACUACUUGAAUCUAGCAGCCGAGUUACUGAUCUACGCUUGGUUUUUCUUCGGAUUAAUGGUCGAGAUGGAUGAAAUGUUGACACUACACGAAGACACUGCGCCAGAUUUACUGCAGAAUCAAGAGCAUAUGACCGCGAUGUACACCAGUCAACAGGUCGACUGGAGUCUCUGUCAACAUCCAGCGCUACAAAAUGCAUCGUCAUCCGAGGCUUGGGAGUUCUUGUUGAUCUCUUCAGACGUGGUGGCAACGGAUCGAGCAUGGCUCACGGCUUUGUUGGUGUCCAAGGCUCUCUUAACUGCAGCUUGUGCGGUCUUGGUGCUGCGGUGUCUACGCUCAAAGCUGUCAGCAUUGCAAGAUGAUUUUAUUGACUUGAAAGAAUACCAGCAAGAGCGUGUUAUGCGACGGCAUUUAGCAGUAGCAAUGGGUUGGGCUCUCAUCGUGACUUUCCUGACUUUAGUUAACUAUGCAUCGCUGAUGAACCGGUUCGAUUACUACUGUCUGCUGAACGACAAGACGCUGAGCUUCGACGAGCUAGCGUUAAGUAUCAACCCCUUUGCCAUUCACUCUAGCUACUCGAACCCAGUUCAACUGCUCGUCUCACUCGCUGCCAAGACCACUUUCGAUCUUUUCCGAGGGGUGACGUUCCAUUUGUUGCUGUUUGCCUUCCCGACCAGCGGCACGAACUUCAUUCGACGUGUGGUGUUCUUGCUCCCGUCGAUCGCAGUCACAGCGCUUCUCUGUGCUGUUGGUGGAGCUGCAUUGCACACGUUCUACUACGUGCAGAAGACCGAGAUGUUGAGUGAUCAGACACUGGAGAUAUCCACCAACACUGAUCUGUCGGUGCUUCUACUAGCUUUGUCACUUUGGUUCAUCUACUGCGUGUACAGCGUGGGAGCUGCAGCAGGACGAUUCUCUGAGACUCGACUAGAGCGACAACGCACGUCACGAGAUGAAGUGUCCGAGGAUGUACUGGAUCUCGCUGAACGAGGAGAAUUCGGUCUCCAAGCUCAACGUGAAGCUCUGGUGACGAAAGUGGAGCAACGUCAGGACCAACUUGGGGUUUGCAAGCUGAGCGUCCUGCGCAUCUACCGCCACAUUCUCGUCCACGUUGUGGUCGCUGCAGCUGCAAUCUACAUCGACGUCACGCUGCGUCGUGUGGUGCAGGGCUUGAGUGGGAGUUCUGUAGCGCUAAAUGCAUUGACAUUCCACUUGGCAAUGUCCAUCACGUGGUUGGUCGGAUCGGCAAUGACAGCGAUGUUUGCCAUCUCAUUACGACAGCAAUCACCCGAAUUACUAGCGUAUAUUUUAGACGUGUGA